CCGGAACCUGCCUGGGCCGCCUGCGCCCAUGCGGCCUUCAUCCCUCUCCCGUCUCGGCGUGUGCACACACCAUCCGCCCUGCGCAUCUCCUCCCCCCUCUUCCUGCCUCUCCCGCUCUGCUGUCUUUCUAUCCUCCCUCCAGCUCUCUCUCUCUCUCUCUCGCAUCGCAAGUCCACCCACUGCCUGCUCGCCACCGGUUGCUUCACAUUCAUUGUCAUCAUGUCCCUCGCCAAGAACCGGCUGAUGGAGGAGCGUCGCUCGUGGCGUCGCGAUCACCCUUAUGGAUUCUUCGCGAGGCCGAUCACCAAGCCCGACAACUCCCUCGACCUGAUGAGAUGGCAAUGUGGCAUCCCGGGCAAGAAAAACACUCCCUGGGAGGGUGGCAUGUAUCGUCUGGUGAUGAUCUUCCCCAACGAGUACCCUGCGCGGCCUCCCAAGUGCCAAUUUUACCCGCCGCUUUAUCACCCGAACAUUUUCCCCACCGGCACGGUGUGUCUGUCUAUUCUGGGUGAUGGCUGGCGACCCGCCGUCACCGUCAAGCAGAUUCUCCUCGGGAUUCAGGAGCUCCUGGACAAUCCGAACCUCGAGAGUCCCGCCCAAAAGCCGGCCUAUGUGGCCUAUGUCAACAACAAGGAGGAGUACGACACCAAGGUUCGUCGCCAGGCGCGUGAUCUGAAGAACGACGACACCAAGACCUAUCCCCUGCCGGAGAUUGUCACUUCGGCCUAUGCCAACAUCACUCCGGCCUCGUCAGGCACCUCGACCUCCUCAUCGGAGGCCUCCACCAGUGGAUCCAGGUCGUGAGGCGUCCGGGUGGCUUGGCCGAGGGCCGUUCUCCCCUCUGCCUCUUCUCCACGCUUCCUGGUCCCCAGCAGCCCGCCUUUUCCGCUGUGCUUUCCUCUUGUCCCUUGACGCCUUUGGCCGUUUACCAUGUGUUCCCCUUUUUGCAUACUGUGUGUCUAUGUGUGCGCGGUUCGGAAGGCGAAAAAAAUAUAUCCCUUGUGCUUGC